AUGCAUGUCUCGUACAUCCGUCGGCCCCAAUUGCAAGAGCACCCUGGACAACAGCCAGAUUUCCUCGGCGCAGCCCACGUACCCAACCAGGUCGAGCCCAUGGAUCUCCGAGCGCCACAGCAGGUCCUUCCACAGCAGCCGCCACCUGUCCAAGACGUGGUGAAACAUCGCUCGUUUAUGUGUAUCUCGGGUCGCGAGCCGACCGGCUCGGAUGUCAGUGAAGAUUAG